UUCCUUCCCUCUGCUAUAUAUACCCCUUGCAUCGACGCCAUUUGCCUCUCCUCCAUUCUCCUCUUCCUCCUCCUCUCUCGGUGGAUUGCCUGACGCUCUCGUUCUCAAUUCGCGCCCUUUGUUAAGUAAAACUUUCUGAAUAUCAAAGUGAAUCAGAGGAUUUUUAUGGCCAUCCCUACAAGCAAUCCGGAUUUCUGAUAUAGAUGUUUCCUCGUCCUGAACAUGAGAAGUUCUCAGGUAUUCUGCUGUUGAUGAACUGCCUCAACACCUGCAGUGACAAGAAAACGCUGAAGAAGUGGUUUUUCAUCGACAAGACAGUAGGCUAACUUCAGUUCAGAGAAGAAGCAACACUCGACCUUACUCGACCACAGUUCUUUUCUCGAUUCAUCCCAAUGGAUAUGAGCAGCAGCUCACCUGUCAUCACCAAUCAAGUGGCGAUAAGCCCGCCGCUGUUAGGAGGCUUGACCUCAAACCUGAUGCCGUUUUCAGUCAUGUCCGGAGGUUACACCAGUCCUGGCAUGAGCGUAAGCGUCAGUAGGCGUAAAAUCGAGGAGGUCAUUGUUAACGGGCUGCUGGAUGCAAUGAAAUCCUCGUCUCCUCGUAAGAAGCACAAUCUAGCCUUUGACCAGGGCAAUUCACCUGAAGAAGAUCCUGCUUACAGUGCAUGGAUGUCAAAAUGCCCUUCUGCUUUGACCUCCUUCGAGCAGAUAGUAGCCAAUGGACAAGGCAGGAAGAUUGCUGUGUUUCUGGACUAUGAUGGUACGCUAUCGCCUAUCGUGGACGAUCCCGACAAAGCAUUCAUGUCCCCAGUGAUGAGAGCUGCCGUGAGAAAUGUUGCGAAGUACUUCCCCACUGCAAUUGUCAGCGGAAGGUCCCGCAAGAAGGUAUUUGACUUUGUAAAACUGAAGGAACUCUACUAUGCUGGAAGUCAUGGGAUGGACAUAAUGACAUCUGUAGUGAAUUCUCAACAUGAUACUGAAAAGGGCAACGAAGCCAAUCUCUUCCAACCUGCUUGCGAGUUUCUGCCUAUGAUUGAUGAGGUUUCCAAGUCCCUCUUGGAGGUCACAAGUGGAAUUGAAGGUGCAAGUGUUGAGAAUAACAAGUUCUGUGUAUCUGUACAUUACCGCAACGUAGCAGAGAAGGACUGGAAAGAGGUUGCGCGACUCGUAAACGAAGCCGUGGAGGCCUUUCCUCGUCUCAAAGUGACCAAUGGGCGAAUGGUUUUAGAGGUACGUCCAGUGAUCGAUUGGGACAAGGGCAAGGCUGUCAAGUUUCUACUCCAAUCACUCGGCCUAGAUGACUCAGAAAAUGUUAUCCCUAUCUACAUCGGAGAUGACCGAACUGACGAAGACGCUUUCAAGGUACUCCGAGAGCGAAACUGCGGACACGGGAUACUAGUUUCGCAGGUGCCUAAGGACACUGAAGCCUUCUACUCGCUGAGAGACCCAUCUGAAGUGAUGGAGUUCCUCAAUUCCCUGGUGAGAUGGAAGAAGCACUCACUAUGCCGAAACCGAAAAAAAAACGAUGAUGAAUCCAAGAGUGUGCUUAGAUACACUUGCUGAGAAAUAAGUGUAGUUCCUGAGGCGACAAUUUUGUAGAGUUGACGCAGUGGAUGGCUCAUUCCUUCAUGUCUAUGAAUGUUCUUUCCUAUUGUUCAUGUUCUUUGCCACUGAGAAAUGAUCAGUGGUUGUCUCGGGCUCUUGCAAUUGUAAUUUGUAAGCAAGAGGGCCCUUUUCUGUUUAGGCAGGUCAAUAAAAACUUGUUCAGGCAGGUCAAUAAAAACUGUCACGCUCACUCUUA